GGAAUGAAGGUCAGAGAAAGGGGACGAUACUCUAUAGAACUCUCGGGCGCCAUGUUUAUCGAAGGAUGUAGUAUUUGUGUUCUUACAACCAAAAGUCUGUUUUAAUCUUUCCCUUCUCCUGCAAAAGCCUGCUCUAGUCUAGACAGACUAGAAACUGUGUUAUUACAUCCUGCAAAAAGCCAGCAUGUCCAAAAAACGGCCUGCAGAAAGUGGAUGGGAAAGUGAUGAGGAUGACUUGCUGACCGAUACAGGCAUAAGUGCCUUCAGACAUGAAGAUGUGGAUGAGUUAGAUGAAGAUGCUCUAUUAGGAAUGGAUGAUGGCACUCAUGCACAAGGUGUUGGGUUUUCUUGCAGAUUUGAAGAGCAAGGGCAAUAUGGAGAUGGAGAGGAGAUGCUAGAGAUUCAGGUGAAGGAUGAUGAGUUGGAUGAGGAGUUUGUGGUAGAUGAAAAAGAAGAGCAGCUAGAUUACUAUGAUGACCAGUACCAGGGAGAUACAUCAUACUCUCAUAUGACAGAGGAAGGCCAGGAAGGUGCACAGUAUGAGCAAGAGGAUGCAGAGGGUUCUUAUCUACAUGAAAAUGUUUCACAAGAAGAGGGUUCUUUCCAUCAUGAAUCUCAGGAUGUCUUUCUGAACGAGUCUAAUAAUUCAGAUGCUUCAUUUCAGAAUGAGUCUCAGGAUGCUGAGGCUUCAUAUCAGAAUGAAUCCCAUGGUGUGGAGGAAGAAAGACAUGAAGAAGAAGAGGCUAAGCUUGAAGAGAGUGACAGUGAUGAAAGUGGAGAUGAAGAUAAACAUAGAGGACGGUUCAUUAGUGAAAGGUCAAAUAUCAUCACGUUGAGCAAAGCCAAGUCUCGUACAAAUAUCCCUGAUACUCUUGAAGUAUCAGGAGAGCAGCAGGAACAACUGAAUGUGCUUCAAAGUAAUGUACCUAGAUACAGAAAGAAUCGAGGUGAUAAUGGCCAGCGUGGUGGGCUACAAGCUUAUCAGAGACAGGAAGGACACAGGGGCAUGCUUUUUCGAGGACCAUUUCAGCAGACUCAUCGGCAGCCAUUUGGCAUUCGCUUGCAUCCUCAUCCUCAGCAGUCUCUACCAGGACGUCGUCAAGGCCAGCUGCCUCAGUUUGGACAGCCCCUUGGUUUUCUCAGUGAUGCCAGGUUGCGCUUUGGCCCUCCACAAGGCUGCCAAGAGGGUGUAAAUCUUGGCCGACCAUUUGGUGAGACAUUUCCCGGCAGUCAUACUGAGCCACGGCCUUUGCUUAGACUACCACAGCAGCAUGGCAACCGCAUCCUCUUGCCUAACCAGCAGGGAGGAUUCAAUAUAGUACCUCGCCAGCACAUGGGUGGCUCUCCUCUUCUGCCAGGUCAGGUUCCCCCAGGCACGCCAGCACCAGUGCACCCUCAGCAACCCUUACUUCGUUCUCACCAAGAAUCUGAUCCUCCUCCAGUCUCUAUGUUCAUGCCUCAGCAGCGGCUUGGUGUUCCAACAGCUGCACCUCCCAGAUCACACAAGAUUCACAUCAAUCCCAACUUCCGUGGCCCAGUGCCAGGUGCUGUAAUGGCAUCUCACCCUGUUAUACAAAUGCAGCCUGAGCCAGCAUUCUCCCAGCCUGGUGUUCAACAUUCAUCAAGGCUUCAAACACCUGCUGUGGUGUCCUCUAGUGGCCCAAUGCUGGUAGAGCUGACACAUCACCAAGUUUCUCAACAACAGCUGCUGCAGGGACAGCCCCGGCAAGGCCCUCCAUUUGGCCAGUUGUUUCCCCAACAGGGUCCUCGAAUGGCUGCCCCAGGCCUUGGUCAGAACUUUCCUCCAAACUCACAGAUAACUCGCUCUAGUCUUGGCCAACAGCAGCAAGGAUUUUUACGUACAUCUGAGGAAGACAUCAUUCGAGGUCAGGGAGGAGCUGGAUUGUUACCAGAGCCUUCUCAGUUUCCACAAAGCCUGUUGCAUCUGUCUCAUGGCCUAUCCACAUCUCAUCAUCUACACUCUCCACCAGUACAGCAGCACCAGCAAAGUACUGGCAUCAUUUCAACUUCUGGAGGAUUGGCUGGCCAAACACUUUUAAUGCAGCAACAAAGAAGGCAAAUGCUUAUAGCCAGAAAUCAGAGGAGGAUGGCUGUUCAGCAGAGAGUGCCACAGAAACAACAAACAGUGAUGAUGGCAAAGAAACUUACACAUCAGGCCCGCAUUAUCCAGCAAACAAAGGCCACAGCAAACAAGAACAUAACUGUGGUGCCACUUACACCUCACAAACGGCAAUCUACAGAGAGCAGUGCUGAGAUUAUUAUUCCUCCUAAAGUAGCUCGCAUAGCUGAGCCUGCUGAGGUGGAGGAACCUAUGGACGAAGAGCUGAAAAGAGGCUUGGAAGAACAAAAACGCAAGAGAGAAGAGAUCAGAAAGAGGAAGGAAGAAGCACGCAAACGUCAGGCAGAGAUACGGAGAAAGGAGCUUGAGGAGAGACUGGCUAAACAGGGUCUCACAAUUGAUGACAUUAUAGGGGAUAACCCUGAUCAAAAGAAUGAAGCAGAAGCAGCUCCACUCAAAGAGAUGACUGGUACGCCUACUACACCAAAGGAGAGCCAGACAACUGAAAUUGAGGGUGCACAACCUAUUACCACCCUGGUUUCCAGAGGCACACAGCAGCACACCCAGAGACGUAUGUCAGCUGGCAACCAGCCUCUCAGGCCACCAGUGAGACUGACUUCUACCAAGAAGGUAGCUGAGAUGAGAUGUCUUUCUCUGAAGAGAAAUAGCAAUAAUGGAAGCAGUAUUCAGCUGUCUCAAACGACUUUCAUGGCAGAGCAAGCUGACGCCUUGCAUGGGCAGAUCCAUCCUCAGCCACCACACACACAGAGAUUGGCAGGUCAACAGCCACAGGUUGGUUUGAGAAUGCACCAGCAAGCUACAAGGAUGCAACAGCAGCAACAACAACAGCAGUCAGUGGCAAAAAUGCAGCAGUCAGAAAGUCCAAAAAUGCCACAGCAGCAGCAUGUGAGACCCAGACUGCAACAACAACCUAGAUUGAGAAUGCAGCAGCAGGGCCCAGGUGUUCUAGGACCACGUCCUCACUUGCAGCAGCUGCAGCAGCAGUCUCUGCACCAUUUCCAGUCAGGAGAGUCACUUGCAAUGAAUCCAUCACCAGGCCAACCUCAGCACCAUUUUGGGCAGCAUCUACCAUUGUCACCAUUUGGUCAUCACCAACAGCACCACAGUGGUGAAGGACCAUUUACAAGAACUGUUCCCCCAAACACACACCAGCAACAAUUCCAGCCACACCAGCAGCCCCACUUAAGUGUACUCCAACAACAUCAGAUGCAGGAAAAUCUUCACAGACCAGGGGAAUUUCCUCAAGCAAACUCAUUUGAACACAUAGGCAGAGGUCAAAGUUUUCAGGGCAAUAGAAUGAGGGGGAGAGGUAAUGCAUCUCGAGGUAGGGGGCGUAAUGGCAGAAUAGAGGUUCUGCGACAAAGGUAUGGACAGGGUCCAGCGCAGGGCAAUAUUUCACUGAAUGAAGUCCCUGCUGGCCAAGCUUUUAACAGAGUCACCAGGCCAUCUUCACAGUCUCAGCAAUCUGCCAGGACAGUCAUUUCUAGUAAAGUUCAAGGUGCUGCUUCAGCAUGUGUUCCUAGUCGGACGGUUAUACCUUUGGGUCACCAGCCUCAGGGAAAACGACAGGUGGUGAAACAAGGGGCCAUGAUGAAGCAGACUGCUGCACCUCAAAAAGUUGUGGCAGGUCCCAGUACUCUACAAAAAGUCUCAAUUGACAAUCUCUCUGUUUCUACAACAGCCCAAGAACUAAAGGCAUAUUGUGAAACAGUUGGACCUAUUGAAAACAACAUUGUCAUGCUUGAAUCCCAGAGGAAAGCCAUCAUCACAUUCAAGAGUAAAAUUCAUGCCAUGACAUUUGUCAAGAAGUGGGAUAGGCGCAUGAUUAACCUCUCGAUUGUUCAUGUUACCAUGCUUCCAUGAAGCCUGCUGAGUAAUGCUCUACAACAGAUUCCAACAUGGACGUGCUGGAAGCAAGUCAUAGAAGUGCCACUGUGCUCAACUUGAGGCAAGAGUUUGCUGUGCUGGUAUUCCACACAUUUUUUUUUUUCAUGUUAAUUGGAAGCAUGAAGUCAGAACAUGAAUAUUCAUCUGUCUCUUUGAUUAUUGCUUCCAUUUUGUGUAAUGUUAUUGCACUUUAUUGCUUGGCUAUAAAUUGUAAUAUCUUUUAAUGACUGAAACUGAAAUGGACUAGCUAUUUUGUUUGGUCCAGCCAUAUGUAUUUGUAAGAGAGCAACAACAAGUUUGCUGUUUUGAAAUUUAGGUCUAAAAUAUGAACGUUUGUCAUAUAACUAUUGGCAGGAGGUAGCUUCUACAGUUUGUGUCGAAUGAAAAACCAUCGGUGUACAAACCGUUUGUCUUCAAACAGCAACUUGUUUAUAGUUAUGAAUAACACAUUCUGUGUUUGUCUCCUGGGAUUUACUUUGAUGACUGCAUUACAUGUGUGGGCAAGAUAGAUUUUAGAUGACUGUACAAGGAUAACUUUAUUGUGAGUAGAACAAAACUGAGAGGCCAGGUGGUGAAAGAAUACAAAUUUGUUUCAAGUUUGCCCAUGUGGAAGAUUCUGUAUUAUGCUGUUCAUAUAUACAUGAACAUUGAAGGGGGACAUCACAGUUGUGUGGCUUAUCUUUACUGUCUUAAAACUGAAUAGAGGGAGAGAGCACUAACAUUGUUGAGAAGGAAGACUGUGCACUUGGACGGAAAGAACAAUACAGACCGCGGAAGAUCAUGUUGAAGCCAUGUGGAUUUUGUUUGUAAAAUAUUCUUUGUAAGCUGCAUGGAUAACAGUGGAUUCUGUCACAAUUCUGUGUGGAUAAUGAAGUUUUCUGAAGGUGUUGGCUAAACUUUGUGGAGAGUGACUUGUGCACCAGGUUCUACCUUAACUGGGUGAACAAUGGAAGAUCCUUUAGGAACCAUACCAAGGGUAUCUUUAAUGGAGGAUUAUCUUUUCCAGAGAUUGUGUCAAAACACUGUUAGCAAUGAAAAUUUCAGAAAAUCUUUCUCAGAACUCUAACAACGUUUCUGGAGGAAUUCUGUGCUAUGGGCUGUGCGGAUUACUUGACGCCUGGAAAACUACUCCCGUGUGAAGACUGGAACAGUUAGCAUAUCUUUGACUUUUAUCACUAGAUAGUUAAGAGUGUGCUGUGAGCCCGGGUAACAGCUGUACUGAACUGACCACUUGGCAUUAAAUACCCUGAAGCAUACAAUGAGAUAAGGGUGUUGGCUGGUAGUGAGGAACAGCAGGUAAAGUAUCCAGCAUACAUGACCACAACACCUUUGUAUGAAUGAUGUUAAAAUGUAGUCUGUUCAUGAAAUGUCUGCAUGACUUUCAUUUCUCCAAGCAUUACACUUUGCAUAUGGGGUAACUGUAUUUUAGGAUGAAAUGGCUUGGAAUUGGUCAGAGUUCCACAGGAGGUUGGUUUAAUAAUAAUAGUAAAAAAAACUCCCCAAACACUAAAUUAUAUGAAAGGCAAGGGACUUGUGUACAAAGAUAGGCCUAUAACAAAAGACACUGCACAAUCAUCAGAAUGAUGAGAACGGGAUGAUUAUUUACUUGUCUCUUGUUUGCCAAAAGUAAAAGCUUAUUUGUGCUGUUUGAUCUUGUGUGAGGGAACUGUUGCAGGAUUACAAUCAGUUUUAUCAUUGCUUGCUGUUUUUUGCAUCUAGCAUAGAGCAACCUUUUUUUUUUUUUGACUGGCGGUUUUCCUUUUGGUGUUUGAGCACACUUUCCCUGCCAACCUGUCUUUAUUCAUUUCAUUCUGCUGCUGAAGUUUUGUUUGCAUGGUUUUGCUUUUGUUUUCUGGUAUUCUUAAUUAUAUAUAUGUUGCUGAUCUUUAGGACUCUAGAUUAUGGAUAUCUCAUUAACCUAGGCUGUAACAGCAGAAUGCAUUUUUUUUUUUUUUUGGAUCGCCAGGACAGGAUUUCCUUAUCUAAGGUACUCACCUUUAAGUUAUAUGAUGUAUCAGGAAUCAAAACAUAACUAUACAGGUUCUAAGUUUUAAUACAAAUUAAAUAUUACAAUUAUUUGAACAUGUUUAGUAAAUUUAUACAAGUUGUAGUAGCCAGGAACUAAAAUGCAGCGCAAGCCUUCAUGGUAAUUUACCAACCUUUUGACUUUUUAAUCUAUGCUCAAAUCUAAAAAUCUUUUUUAUACCUUCAUUGUCUUUCUUUUGACAAUAACUGAUGGCAAAAAAAAAAAAAUAAACCCCAACAAGCAAAACAGCUAAACAAGUAUUUAACAAAGUGUAAAUGUAGAUAAUUAGAAAUGCUCUUUUACUUUUGCAGACAUUAAGUCUGUAUUGAUUUCAGUGAGUUACAUAAGAGAAAUGAAAAUGAGGAUUUUGCCUGAUGGCUUAUACCUCUUUAUAGCCCUGUCUCAGACAAUACAGACCUUUGCAUGAUUGAUCAAUGGAGGUAAAAAAAAAACGCCUUUUAGUUUGACAGUAAUCUAUAUUGUGGUGUAUGUGUGAAGGACUGGAGUGAAUAAGAGGGAGUAUGAGUGAGAAGUGUGUGUGCAUGUGUGAGGGAGAGGAGAGAAAGAGACUGAAUUACAGAUUACUGCUGAAGAUGACUGAGUUGGGGAAUGUGCCAUAAUUUGUUUCUAACUUGCAUUAUCUCAAUGCACGGGCAUUUCUAAAGAAAUUGUGCCAGUUAAGUGAUUAAAAUGGAAGAGUUUAUCUGUAUAAAUGUAAUUAUUCCAUCACAGGAUUUGGGGCUUAGUAUGAUUUUUGUAAAGGAAUUUUUUGCACAGGAUAGGGCAUAAUUUUCAAAUGAUGUAAAGGAAAUCAUUUCUUCCCAUUUUGAACUAACGACAGUCUUAUGUGAAUGGUCACCUUAGGAACACCACAUAUAUUCAUGUCUGUGUUGUUUAACUGCACAUAGGUUCUUACAUAAAAAAAAACUUUUUUUUUUUUUUAAACACUGUUCAGUGUUGGUUGCUUAACACUUAUCAUUGUGAAAAAUUUGAGCCAUCCCUGCUUCCAACAAAGCAACAUAUAGAAAUUGGCACUUGUUGCUAUUACAUGCCCAGGUUGGUCUAUUUGGUCUUAAUGAUGGGUUUAUUUAGGUUUAUAUGCGUUAAAUGCAAUAUUUUAACAGAUAAAUGAAAGAAAAGAAAAAAUAAAUUAUGCACAUUCAGUAUAUUUUUGCUAACUACAUUUUCUGUUCCUCAAGCAAAACUGUUACAUGGUCAGAUCAUGGUGUUAGUGUUUAAUUACUUGCUUGAAAACAGACUGUCAUAUCUGAAGACAAGAAGUAUGAAGAGUCAGUCAUGGCUAUGCCUGAUUCAAGGGAAAUUUGUUUUGAUAGGUUUCUUUUGCACUUAAUUUUUGUGCAUUAUUUAAAGUAUGAACUUCCCCUAUAAUGUUGAGAACUUGCAAGCACAAAACAACCAAAAAAACCCAUCAUAGAAAACAUUGAUUUUUGCAGUUUGGAUUUACCAACAGAAAAGCACUGGUUCAAAUAUUUCAAAGUUUUUAAAAAAAAAACAAAAACAGGCAAAGAUCCAAGAUAUUAAAAAAACCCUCUUUAUCCUUGAAUUUAUGUGACCAUUAGCUGGAAAAGGUGAUAUUCUUUUACUUCAUGCAAGUGACCAGCCUCCUGUGGAAACACAAGCCUUACAUUGACAUGAUUCAGACCACAAAGAUCAUUGGCUAGCCUCGAUAGCGUUCAUGUGACAUCAUCAGUUAAAAAUUACCCCAUGAACACUUCUAUUUCAAUCUCACUUUUCUGAUGUUUCCAGGUUUAUCUAAUUUAGCUUGUAUUGUUAGCCUUAUCCUAGGUGAUAAUGUCUAAGUGGGUGUUUUCUUCAAGAUAUUCAUCAGAUCUUGAGUAUAGGCAUCAGAAAAUAAUCCUUAUUAUUAGUACUUUAGUAUAUAUCCCUAUUAGAUAUAGUAUCAUAAAAUAUUAACUGGAAUAUUUAAAAUGAAAUUAAUAUGAUAUUAAUGAACUAUUUGACAUUUUUGUGUCAGUGUCUGAUAAAGACCCCUAGCAUUUAACAAGGUGUAAAUACAAAUAAGUAGAAAUGCCAGUUGAUUUUUGCAUCUUGGUUUAUGUCCCUUUAUAUCCCUUUGAUAAAAUUUGGAUGACAUAGGCAAGACAUAGUAGGAGAAAAGGACAGCAUUUUCUUUCUAGUUCCAUCUCUUAACAUUGGCUUGUUUUGCACAUCUGCAUGAAAGGUAACAUUGAGUCUGAAGCAAAUUCAUGACUUUUGGAAAUUUUUCAGUGACCCAGACUUCUAUUUUAUGCACCCCAUGAUAUAGGGUGCUAGAGCUUUUCUUAAUUCAGAAUCGAUAUGAUGGAGAAAUUUGAAUCAUUUGGGUUGAUGGAAAGAAUCAGACAAUCAGAAUGUGAUUUGCAUUGUAGAAACUCAAUUUAGUUCUGUAAAUAAUGAAGAGUGAGGCAAGGAGGCAGACUUCGAUGAUUAGGUUUCCUCAGAUGCUGUGCCUUGUCACUGGUAUAAAAUGUGACAUGAAGAAUGAGUAAAGUGACGUGUAGGGGUGGUGGUGUAGAGAGUGCAAGUGAAUGCACAUACUUGGCUUUAUGCAUCUUGCCACUUCCAUGAUGCAAACAUAAAGCUUCUGCCAUUUCGAGAAAUAUAGAGAAACAAUUUUUAUAAUAUUUUUCUGAUUAAGGAUGAUAAGGAUGAUAGAGAGUAUGUAGCAUGAAUAUAUAAAUGUUUUUGUGUAGCUUAAUAUUCUUGUUAUUUCAUCAAUGCAUAAGCUGCUGCAGAAGCAGUUUCAUCUGUCUGGAACACCCCCGGGAAUAUGGAACAAGAUGCAAGAUGAAAUAAAAAGAUUUUUUUAUAUAGGAACCAUUUGAUAGGUGUGAGAUCAUUGAAAAGAUAAAUUUCUCUGAAAAAAGAACUCUUCAUGGGUAUGUUUCAAUAUUAUGAUGCCUUUCACCGACUCAUCUAGUAUUUAAAAACAUGCAUGCUUCAUUUUAAAUAUAAUUUAAGAUAACAUAUAUUCUUAAUAGGAUCAUUAUAAUGUCUUUUAUAUCUUUUUGGACAUGGAAAUCAAGAAGCUGUACAGUAGGGUGGAAAGGUCAUUUUGAAACUUGAUAUUUGACAUGUUGUUGUAAGAUGUGGUAAAGGCAUGCAGUGAAGUUAUGAAAAUAUUACAAUAUGCAAGUUUUAAUUGCUAGAAUUAUGUCUCACGAUCAGUCCAACUGUGUGUUUUUCACCUGUCUCAGGCCAUUCUCCAGUAUCAUUUUGUUCCGCAUCACCUUCCCCAACCCCUAAACAAGUCCAGGUCCCCCCCCCCCUUUUUUUCUAGGACAGAAAAGCAGAUUCAGUACUACAAUGUUGAUUUCAAAACUUGUUGUUUUACCAGCAGUAGUUGAAGUGCUUAUUUUAUGGUUCAGCAUGAUUUGAAUUUGUGAAUAAAUCUUAUCAAUACUUAUGUGGUUUCAUUGAGUUCUUGUUAGUUAACCUUCCACCCAGCAGUUAACCCCUCCGUCAAUCCUCAUUUUCCGUGGUGUUGGUCUGAAUGACAUGAAUAUGAUACCACUGCAUUCAGUGGUCCAUAGACAGCUUUUUUACUGUUUAAUAACACAAAGGAUGAGUUCAGAAACCAUGGAAGAGGUUUCAUCUUUACCACUUCUGACAAACUGUGUUCACAUUUGUACAUCUUUGAAGAGAUCAUUUAAAAUGCUUUUAGAAAGUGACUGAUGCUUCUGCAGGUUGGUUGUUUUGGAGCACUGGCAAAAACUGAAAUAUCAUUUGGAAUGGAGUAAUGCCAUUAGAUAAAGGAAUACUGUAUAAUCACAAUAUUAUGUGACAUCUUCGUGGUAAAUGUCUCAAUAUUCUGUGCUGUUUAGAUAAAAUUAAUCAAUAUUUGGAUUUUAUAUGUUAAGCAAAAUUAUAAAAUGUGCUUUCUGUCAGGAAAAUGUGAUGCUGUUGCUCAACCUGACUAUGCAAACUGCACAAACUAGCUUAUGACUUGUGGUGGACUUAUUUGUUUUUACUGUCUCUUUUCUCUAAUGUUUCAUCUUUUUAUACAUCGUCUGUCACUUUAAUUCAAUCAUGGUUUUUUUUGUGUGGUUUGAUAUUCAUGGGAAAGUAUAUGCCACUUCAAAUACUUCUAGUCAGGUUUCAACUGCAUGAAAUUUUGAGCAGUCUAUUACAAUCAAUAACUUGUUUACUUGUUUUCAUUUAACUGUUAGGCUUGUUUAUUUUCAAACAAAAUAUGUUCCUAUAAUAUUCUUCAUGAAAAUUUAUAGCAUAUUUAUAUCUCUUGCUUUAAGCAUUCUACUGGGAAUGUCAGUAAGACUUGUCAUGUCUUUGUUAUCAGACUCAUGCUACACCUUUCACAUUCAGCAUACCACACACUUCAGGAUUUAUUUUUUCAUCUACAAAGCUUUUAUUUCAAGAAAAUAUAGCAUGAAUUUCUUCUUUAAAUGUGCAGAAUAAGGUUUAGAAGCAGUAGGCAUGUUAGUGCAUAACAGUUGGGAGGUCCAAAAAACAACAGGGAAAGAGAACCUUCGAAUCCCUCAGCUUGGUUCUAAUAGCUGCAGCACAGAUUUGGAACAAUGGGUGCAUGCUUUUAAGUCCGGAUAGAGAUUGUGGUGGUAAUGUUGGGAACCAGUCAAAUAUUCCGUAAUGUUCAGGACAAGGAUCAUCUAAUAAAAAGGCAUGAUAAGAUUUUAAUAAAGCUUAGUUUGAACUGCAAAUAGGUGGAAACAUUACAUGGUCUUAGCAUUGUUGGUUAAUCAGUCCAAUCACUAACAUGUUUUUGAUAGCUGCAGCAGGUUCUAGUGUGGAAAUCAUCAGUAUUACCACCAAUGUCUGUUAUUAUCUGGGACUGAUUGUUUUUAUGGAUAUUUGAUAAAGAGCUUGCCAUCAAUAGGAAAGUCCAAAGCUUUUUUUGAAAAAGAAAUAAGAUAAUUAAUAUCAAUAAAUAGCUCUGCAUUUUAUAUUUUGAACACAGAAUAUCAUCAAAGACAUUUUGGAUUUUUUUAAAGAACUCUUCAGGAAUUACGAAACAGAAAAAAGGCAGUGGCCUACAAUAAGGGAGUAGUUUUGCCACUUGCAUUUAUCUUGCACCCACUUGCACAGACAUCAUAAUCUACCAGAAUAAGAUGAUAGCUUUCAACACUUGAAUGCCCAUGAGUAUUUUCACAUGCAGAAUCAAGUGACCAAGUGUUAAUAAAAAGCAGCAGCAGUAGAAUAUUGGAGGCAUUGCCAUGAAGCAGUCAUAUAGAUGUCUUUGUGAGCACAGUUUAGGAGCACAUUUUAUCUAUUUGAAAGCAAUUUAUCUUUUGGAUAAUUUUAAAACUGUUUUUAUUUUAUGGUAGUGUGCCUGAAAAAUCUUAUACUAGAGGAGUGGAAUGUGAUUUCAAAACACUUGACAAAAAUUUAGAUGUACUGUUUUCACAAAUUUUGUCGUUUCCUAACUUGAUAAAUCACUCAUACAUUCAGCGCUACAACACACAAUAGCGACAUCUCAUUGUGAUCAGUUCAACCUUUUCAAAGAUGGAACUAUGCGUGCAUUUUAUUUUUCCAUUAUCAUGAGAAUAGACUGAAAAGAGUUCUGAUCAGAUGCAACAGCUUAGUAUCGCCAUAGGUGAGCUAUGAUAGCUUCAGGAUUUAUCUGAAAAAGUUUUGUUUACUGCUGAUGUGUUCAUAUUUGUUAUUACCUUGAUAUGUUAUUCUUGGUUCUGUUUUCAGAAAUUAACAAAAUCAAGAUUCAGCAAUGUGAAAACUGUUGCUUUUAUGCCGUGCUUGUUUAAAAUAUUUUGGCUACCUAUUUGUUUUAUUCUCUUGUCAUAAAUGCAGUUUUGUGAGAAAAAUUAGUAGUUAAUUCCUUGUUGCUCCUAUGAGGAGCAUAGGGCCACAAGAGAAAAAUGAUGUAAACAAAUUCUUAACAUUUAAUAUAUACUUCCAUGCUUCAUAAAAUAUUCCUCCAGUUGUGUAUAUGUCCUUCGCUCCAACUUAUUUAAUAUACAUGGUGCAGGGCAGCAGUUUACACUCCCUGCAUGUUAACCUUAUCUGUGAUAUAUGAGCAUCAGUCACUGAAAGUAUUUUAUUCUCACAAAGCAUUUGUACCUGUUCAGAAAUGUAUCACAGAACUAUGUAAAUCUACAGUGUAUUGUGCAAUGUAUUUUUCUGGGAAAAAAAUUGCAAAUACUUGUUCAUCAUCUAAGCACCAUUUGAUUGUGAUUGGACCAGGUAAGAUGGACAAGAAUGGGCCCAAUAUAUGGUCUGAGCUUGAAUUGAAAUAACAGGAACCAAAAACUGUUUCCUCUCAUUUACAUCCUGAUGGUCUACAGCCCACCUUUUGCAAUCCAACUUUUUGUUAUUAGUGGAAAAGUAUUUGAAAGAUAUUUAUUUUAUUUACACAAAAUGGAAAUGAUAUAUUUGAUUGGGUAUAUUGUUUCACCAGUUUUUACAUUUGUUGUUGUGAUAUGAUAGUGACCAUUUCAAGUCAGCAUUUCAGGUCAUAUGAACAUGGUGCUAUCAGUUGUCAUGUAUGGAGUUAUUAUAUAUGGGUGCAGCUCAGGUUAUGGAAAUCAGUUUUUUUUUAAUCAUGCGAAAUGAAAUUUUUAACGUUGGAAGUUCCUUAAAAACCGUUUUUCAAGAUUGAAGUUGGACUAGUUAUUAAAUGGAAUAUAUGAAGGGUAAUGACAGCUCACAGUCUUAUAAUGGCUAUGAGCUCUUUUGUUGGUCAUUUGCUGUUUCAGUGUCUGUUGGAAAAAAUAUAUGACGACAGGUUAUGAGAUUAUACUUUAUUUUUACAUUGACUGUUUAGCUAUGAGUAUUAUACUUUGCAGCAUUCAUGAGUUUUGAUAUUGUUUUACACCUUUUAAAAAUAAGAUUUAUAUCUUUAAUGAAAUGAAAAAUGUAAUUGAUGAUUUUGUUUUAAUAGCAUUUUUUAAUCAUUAAAAUGCCUUUAAGGCAGACAUUUUCAGAAAGAUCCAAUGUGUUAUCAACGCUAGGAACCUGCAAUCUGUGAUCUUUGUUUGAUAUGUUUUCAAUUCUCCGUUUUGCUAAGUGUUGCAUUAAGUUUUUUAUUUUAAUAAUAAAUAAGUGGUUUGCAGUGGUAUUAACAUGCUUAAUAUAACUUAAAGGAAAAGCGAAAAAAAAAAAGCAUUUUAACUGUAACAAUAUUCUUUAGAUAUUCUAAAGGCUGUGAAUUCCCUUGGUGGUAAAUAAGUUACACAUCCUACCUCCCUAUCAUUCUCAUAAGCACACCUUUUUUUAAUUUAAAAUAAAGUCACAUGGCUGAGUAAAAGUUUUCUCUGAUGGCUGCAUUAUUGUUAUAUCAUGGUUCUGCCUAAAUUAACCCAUCUAUGUGUUAUCUGUUGACCUCCACAAAAUGUUAUCAAAGCAAUUGAAAAACAUUAGAACCUCAAAUAGUUUUUGUGAGCAUCAGCAUCUUCGUGAAGUAGUCCAUAUACUAUACCUGGAUGUGUAGCUUAUUAACAUGAACAUUUGAUAGAUAAUACAAAGUAAGCAUAUUGAAUAUAAUCCUGCAUUACUGGAUUUUUUAAUUCCUAUAAACUGAACCAGAAAGACUGCACAAGUCACCAGGAAAGAGGGGCCACACCUGCUCCUCCUGCCCCCUUUUUCAGCUAUUUUGUUUUCAGGGUUGCACCCAUAAUUUAUUAUAUCAAAAGGUGAAAUUGAAUAUCUGCAUGAUGUAUCUCAUUUUUUUCACCGUGACUAAUGAUCUCAUUUCAGUAUUAAGAUGGUUGAGCUAAUCAUAUUAAUGAUUUAAUUUGUUUGCAGUAAUUCCUUGCUGUAGUGAGGUUUGACUAUACUCAUUAUUUAUUAGCAUAAUCUUGUUUUCAGGAAUGCUGGCAGAUAUGGCUCUUUAGAGCUUGGAACAAAUACUUGCUAUGGUUUCUCCAGCAGAUGUGACAUUUUCCUGGAUACAAACCUAAAGGUGGCAGCACAAGUAGUAGCCUUGACAACAAAACAUUCCCUAUUUUCCCCAUUGCCGUGUUACUCCCUUCUUUUUAAUGUUAUGCUUUACUGUGAAAUAAGCUUGUGGAGAUUGUAUCACAGGAUGUUUUUAGCACUCUCUCAUUGUUUAAACAUCAUUAAACUAUUGUUUGUUUUCCAAGAGUCAAAUGUUCGGUACCUCAUGACCAAGCAUUUGAUGUUAAAGCCCUGUCUAGGUUCUUGAUGCAAGGCACCGCGGGACCAAGCGUUUUGUGUUGAGCCUUGUAGGACCAAGUAGAUGUGUCAUUCUUGACGGUUAGCAGAUCAACAAUAAGCGCUUGAGAUAAUGAGAGGCUGUGCGCGAAGGGGCCAGAAACAUCCGUGGUAGGUAGCAGGAACGAACAGUGUUUGCGUGUGAAGGAUAGGGGAAGGUGCAUAGAUGCACUGUGGCGACUGGACUCUCGUAUCUCUGACUACCAGGCUAGGCAACGCUGUGAAAAAAGCUUGAACCCCAGCAUCUCUCUACUGGAGUGUGAUGCAGCUCUAAACAUUGUCUGAACUCCUUAUCACUGAUCCAGCGUUUUCGUGACCACAUGGCUGACAUGUUCACACAGAUUGUGGAAACUGAUAUAGGAAAAAACCAGUCUUUUUCGUGCUUAAUGUUGAGUUUAAGACCGUGACUAACCCUAGCGCUGUGGUCAAUGAUACCACUUUCUGCGAGUUUAUUUUUCUUGACCAACACCCCUUCCCCGCUAACCACGCCCAUCACCUGGAAUGGGAGAGCUUACAGUUGUCAGGAGGAAUGGUUUUAUGAAGGACAGGAUGUUUCUUAAAUGAACAGGUGAUUGGACUGACCAGUCUUGUUACUUUACCAGGGAUUGCAGUUCUGAAGCGAGAGUAAGUCGUUUCCCCAAAGUCGGAAAAUGAAAAUAUUGUUUACGUACUUAAAAGGCGAUGCCUCCGCCUCCUCAUUUUGUUUUCAUUCAUUAUUUCCUGUGGCUGCCCUUUACAAGCGAGUGUCCUUUGAUUGCAGCUUUCCGACUACCAAAGGCCGACAAUUAUCUUUGCUAGAAGUGAUCAGGGCAGUGAUAGACUGAAAACUCAUUGUUGACUUUUAUGACGACGUGUACUGAUAACAGCAUCACGUUCUCCCAGGCAGUGCAGGCGGCGUUUGAGUGGCAUAGAGGCCCAAGGCAAGCCAAACAAGUCUCCCCUCCCCCUGUCAAAGCCAUUUCCGCGUCCGGUAACAAGAACCAAGCUUGUGUAGUGCUGAAAGUCUGGAAAAAGUGGGAAAGUCAGGAACUGUUGGAAGACUUUGUUUAUAUGCCGAAAAACACGGGGUAUUGGGAAGGGCUUGUAAUUCAUCGUUUCAUGCCGAUUUCAAUAGAAGAAUCAGUUCUGAGAUCCUGGACCUCUGAUCCGCAGCUAUGGCAGCCAGAUGGUAAGGACUUAAGAAAGCCAGAAAUUGGGAGCUGCAAGUAUGUAGGUCAGAAAUUGAGUGUUGUCAUCCCUUAAGCCAACAGAAUUUGGUCUUGUUUUGACAUCUUUGUUCAGCAGACCUCCUUCCCCUCUUUGGGUUGUAAAAUUGCUUUCAUGUAUACCUCUGCUCCUUCCCCAUAUACCCUUUUGUCUAAGAGCAAUGACAUGCUGAAUGAUCUGACUGCAAUUCUUUCUUUGAAGUAAAGUAUUGUACAGGAAUAUCCCGUUGUUCCUGCUUCCGGACGAAACGUGUGUAUGGAAGACCUUUUCCACUAAUGGAACACAAGAGUAACAUCGACUGUGGUUUUCAAUGAGAAUUUGUUUUUAAUGCAGUUACGCUGAAGGAUAGUUCCAGUCAUCUUGAUUCUUAGGAGCAUAUUGAUGUCGAUGUUUAGGAUAAUAUUGGUCUCUUUUGUCUCUUUUGUCUCUUUUCUUCCCCACAGAUUCGUCACGAAGGACAACAGCGUACGGUGAUGUUCCAUGUUCUUCCCUUUUCCGCUGCUUUUGGUGUAUUUGUGCAUUUCAUUUUUCUAACUGAGAACAAAACAUGUUUUUCCCUUUCAGAACAGAAAAUUAUGGAGAGAAUGAACAGAAAGUGUCAUAAAACUUUAUUUGUUUUGUCCAAUUUUAGUUAUAUAUUUUAUAUAUCUACACGGGUGAAAUGUUUUGUCUUUUUGCAUAAUUUUAUUUUGUUACACAUAAAAGAAGCAAGCGCCGCUUUACUUAAGGCGUUGUUGCAUCACAAGAAUGUUUGCGACCUAUUCAUGGAUCUCGAGAAACCAUUUCCUUAUUGGGAAAGACAUUUUCUACAGAAAAAGACUAUUUCAAAAAACUCUGUUCAGUGAAGUGAGAUAUGUUUACUGAAAAUGUUUGAAGAUCAAGCUGGAGUAAUUGAAAAUACGGAUGAAAAAAGAUUCAGCUUUUGUAUUAAAAUUUAUUUUGUAAAGGAA